AUGCACUUUCCCACCCCACGGCUCCAUUUCUUCCUCCUUCCAUCUCCCCCCCAUUGACAUCUUGGCUGAGGACUUUCCCUUCCAACACCACACUUUCCAACCCCUCCGAGCUUGCGCAAGCAGAGAAGCUCACAGUUACCACGCUUUCAGUCAACGACAUAUCGAAGACAUCAAAGCAAACAACCUUCACAAUGUCUGGCGCAGUCGCCCGCCUAGCGAACAUUAACGUUGGCGGAGCUCUGAAAGCUGGCACUUUGUCGCUGCACUCUCAGGAAAAUGCUAACGAUGGUGCCAGCGCUGAUAUCGGCCUCAUCGGCCUGGCCGUCAUGGGCCAGAACCUCAUCAUGAACAUGGCCGACCAUGGCUACACCGUCUGCGCUUUCAACCGCACCGUGUCCAAGGUCGACGUCUUCCUUGCCAACGAGGCCAAGGGCAAGUCCAUUGUCGGCGCCCACUCGGUCGAGGAGUUCGUCUCCAAGCUGAAGAGGCCCCGUCGCGUCAUGCUCCUCGUCCAGGCCGGCAAGCCCGUCGACGACUGGAUCGAGACUCUCCUGCCCCUCCUCGAGGCUGGCGACAUCAUCAUUGACGGCGGCAACUCACACUUCCCCGACUCCAACCGGAGGACAAAGUACCUCGCUUCCAAGGGCCUCCGCUUCGUCGGUUCCGGUGUUUCCGGCGGCGAGGAGGGUGCCCGCUACGGCCCCUCUCUCAUGCCUGGUGGCCACGAGGAUGCCUGGCCCCACAUCAAGGGCAUCUUCCAGAGCAUCGCCGCGAAGAGCGACGGCGAGGACUGCUGCGACUGGGUCGGUGACGAGGGUGCUGGCCACUACGUCAAGAUGGUGCACAACGGUAUCGAGUACGGUGACAUGCAGCUCAUCUGCGAGGCGUACGACAUCAUGAAGCGUGGCCUCGGCAUGAGCAGCAAGGAGAUCGGUGACGUUUUCACCAAGUGGAACACGGGCGUUCUUGACUCCUUCCUGAUCGAGAUCACCCGGGAUAUCCUGUACUACAACGAUGACGAUGGCACCCCGCUCGUCGAGAAGAUCCUGGACAAGGCUGGCCAGAAGGGUACCGGCAAGUGGACCGCCGUCAACGCGCUGGACCUUGGCAUGCCCGUGACUCUUAUCGCCGAGGCUGUCCUGGCCCGCUGCCUGUCUGGCAUCAAGGAGGAGCGUGUCAAGGCCUCGAGCAAGCUCGAGUUUGUUGGCCGCGUCAGCACCUUCGAGGGCAACAAGGAGCAGUUCCUCGACGACCUCGAGCAGGCCCUCUAUGCCUCCAAGAUCAUCUCGUACGCCCAAGGCUUCAUGCUCAUGCAGGAGGCUGCCCGCGAGUACGGCUGGACGCUCAACAAGCCGUCGAUCGCCCUCAUGUGGCGCGGUGGGUGCAUCAUCCGCUCCGUCUUCCUGAAGGACAUCACGGCGGCGUACCGCAAGAACCCCGACCUCGAGAACCUCCUCUUCGACGACUUCUUUAACAAGGCCAUCCACAAGGCGCAGCCCGGCUGGAGAGACGUCGUUGCCAAGACUGCCCUGCUCGGUAUCCCGUCCCCGGCCUUCUCCACGGCCCUGUCGUGGUUCGACGGCUACCGCACCAAGGACCUGCCCGCCAACCUGCUGCAGGCGCAGCGUGACUACUUCGGUGCCCACACUUUCCGCAUCAAGCCGGAGGCGGCAAACGCCAAGUACCAGGAGGGCAAGGACAUCCACGUCAACUGGACCGGCCGUGGAGGCAAUGUUGCGGCGUCGACAUACCAGGCUUAAAUCAAAUCAUAGGAAGGGUUGUUGUUGUUUUUGCUGUUUAAUGAUGGAAAUGCCUUCUGGGUUGACAGCUUACGAAAUGAACGUAAAGUAAAACGGAGAUAGAAAAUACUAUCAAUGAAUGCCCAAAA